UCUAAUUUGUACAUGUCAUGUGCUUCGAAAAAGGUUAAAAAUGGCAAGUUCAAGAUUACGACUUUUUAUUGGAAAUAUUCCAUGGUCAGUGACUAGAAGAGAGUUGAAAGAAUACUUUUCCAAUUUUGGAGCUGUGAAAAAUGCAAGAAUAGUCUAUGAUUAUCAGACUGGAUUGAGUCGUGGUUAUGGUUUUAUACAGUUCUUAACACCAGAAGGACAUUCAUCAGCCAUGCUUCAAGACACGCAUAUACUGGACAAUUAUAAGUUAGUUCUAGCUGCAGGUCAGACCCGAAACCAAGGCAGACAACCCAGGAAUAGGCUUGAGGACAAUGAUGAGAUAGAAUAAACACUGAUGUUCAAGAACAGUUAAUGUCAUUAGAUCUGUGAUCCUGUGUGAAGUGUUCAGACAUUAGCCUAUUUCUUGGUGGAAUCUAAUUCCUUAGGAGAAAUUAUUUUAGUUGUAUUGUCUUUAUGAUGCAGUAAGGAAAGAGGUAAAUUACUAACAAAAUUUUGUGUAUAUUCUGUAUGGUUAGAAGUGUAACAAAAGUGAUAUAACUGGACUAAAUUAUAUAUGGCCAUCAUGUUUGUGAAUUCAUUGGAUUUUGUGUAUAUACAUGUAUAGCUGGUGCAGAUUUACAAAAAAUUAAUAUGGGAGCCCAUAAUAACUGCUAGUCUUAAAACAUCAUGAUAUUAAUUACUGGACCCUCUGUUAAGUCUGCACCUGGGUUUUUAAAAGAUUGUUUGGGACUGAUGCAUCAUGAUGUUGAUAUCAUUUAUUUUCAUGCACAUGCUAAUAUCCAACGAAGAUUUCAAUAAGCUGUUGUGUACAUACAACUCACCAGCAUAGCUUGUCUGUCUAAUGCGUGGGCUUUCCAUUAACAUGAUUUCUCGCACAUGUUUAUCAACACAAUACAUUUGCAUAGUACCUUUUCCACAUACAGUGAAACCCCUCUAAACCGGACACCCUCGGGGCCAAGUAAAUUGUCUGGUUUUAAGAGGUAUCCAGUUUAGAGAGGUUAUUUUUUGUACUGAUUUUUUAAAAAGGACUGGAAAAUGUCUGGUUUUGGAGGAAUUCCGGUUUACAGAGGGUCCGGUUUUGAGAGGUUUCACUGUACAUGAUUCCACAUGUGGGCAUUCAACGCGCUGAAAAAAGUUGAUUGGUGAGCGAGUUUUCCACGCGUGGAUUUUUCAGGGUGGUGACAUCAUAACACAAAGUAUUUUAUGCAAAUUGUGUGGUAAUCUGCUUGCAAAUAUGCAGAUAUGUAAAAGCACAUUUCCACGUACAGAAUCGCGUCAGUGGAAAACAGGCCUAAGCCAGUGCUGAAGGUCCAGUAUGAGAUCAGAGACUCUCUGCUGACACGUGGACGUCUUGUAUCAGUUAGUAACACGGUUUAUUUUAUGUGCAUUUUCUCACACACAGGAUAACAUGUACCAUGGUAUUUGAUAUACCAGUUUUGAAGUUUCCAGGUGGUUGAAUAUUUAAGUACUGGUACUAGCCAAACCAAUGUUGCUGAACUUUGGUAAUAAAAAGAAUAAGUGUUUCAUCGUGGUUUAAGUCAUAGCUUUUCUGUUUAUAUUCCUUUGGAUAAAUGUUCAUUGAAUAUAGAUGAACUUGUAAAGUUGAUGUCUUAUCUACCAUAUUGGUUGUUGCAUUGUGUAUGUCAAUUGUAAUCUGCUUGUUUCUAAUAAAAGAUAAAAUCCU